AUGCAUCAAAAUCUGAAUGUUUCUUCGACAAUUCCGAUUGUGAAACAUGGUAAUGGAUUUCGAUCGGAAUGGGAAAAAAUGACCACUUAUAAAUUGAUUAUCCUCCUUGGAGGUGUCUUCUGGGCAGCAUUCCUUUUGGCUUUUGGACUCUACAACUACUGUGCAAUCAAAAAACCACCACCACCAGUUUCAUUCGAUGAAGCUCUCUGCGCUGAAGAAGAGGCUCUGAUGGGAACCAAAUCUCAAAAAUCGUCAAAAGAUGGAUCUGCAACAAAAAGUUCAAUGAACAUGAGAAAAUAA